CUAUUAGAGAGACAAUGACCGUUUGGAAAAUGCUAACUAUGUUAGACAUUCAUCAUCACUAUUCUUCCUCUUCUCCCAUCAGGUUUUGGUGCUUGUAUAAACAUGGACAGAAAUAUCUCAUCAUUCAAUUCAACCUCUAUCCCGCCUCAACUCCCUCUCAACACCACAGCUCCCAUCAACGCUACAGUGAAACCUUUCAGUGUGUUUGACGGGUGCGACCAUCAGGUAGAGGCCAUUCUCUUUGACUUGAUUCUGCAGUGCGUCAAUGUAUUCUUGGGAAUCCCUGCCAACUUGCUCGUCAUCGCAAUUCUCAUUCACAACCGCAAAGAACCUUCCACUUCAGACAUAUUCUUGGGCUGCUUGGCGUUCAUGGAUAUCUACUUUGGUAUCAUGACCCCCAUCAGCUUCCUUAACCUUUAUGUCUGGCAAAGCAAAAGUGUGUGGUCUUCCAUCAAGUUCUCCUAUGGCGUGAAAGACACCAGCGGCCCAUUGUUUCUCUCCUGCAUCUGCCUGGAUCGCUUCGUGGCUGUGCUCUUUCCCAUUGCAUUCGGGCAGCUCAGACACUACAAGUACAGGGUAAGCCUCACUGUCCUGGUGUUCUGCCUCACCUUUGCCUACUCAGCAGCCAAGACGGUGGGAGGCCUCCCAAACUUUGAGAAGGUGUUCACUGGUGAGGUUCUGUCCACGUUUACUUGGAUGGUUUUCUGUAAUCUAAGCAUCAUGUGGGCCCUGAAGAAGUCCCGUGGUGCAGGGAAGGAUGAGAUGCAUCCCAUGAAGAAGAGAGCCUUCAAGAUGGUGCUGUCCAUCCUUUGUAUCAUCAUCUUCAACUACCUGCCGCCAGUCGCGCUGUUCCCGUUUGAAGAUCACUACGCCCCUGAUGUGUUCCGCUGCUACGUGCAGCCGGUGGGUUUCGCCUUCUUAAAUAUUAGCAGCACCAUCCAGCCCCUUGUCUAUUUGUCUCGUCUGGAGAAGGUGCCUUUCCUCCCAGAUGCCUGCAUUAAGAAGUUUUCUCUCUGUGACAGUGGAGAGAACAAAAACCUCCACAUCCACAAAACCCUUAGACACUAG